AUGCUCCCGCUCCUCCUCGCGUCGCUUUUUUUCUUCGGAUCGCCCCCUCUCGCCGUUUCCGCCGCUCAGAAUUCCUCUCCGGUUGCAACGCCUGCGAACGCUGGGGCUGCCGUCGCCGUAGACUCUACCGAGGCUCUUUAUAACGCGUUGCUUCGUGCCUCCGCCGGACUCGCCGCGGGCGCCGGCGGCGGCGCGAACGCGUCAGUGGCGUCGCUAGCGUGGACCGCGAGCCUGCUGCGCGGCACGGGCGUGGACCAGGAUGUGAUUAACGCGCGGAACUCGGGGCUCGGCGCGCUGCUGGUGGCGCCGACCAACUACGCAUGGCAGCAGUUCUUCGACGUGCUGGAGCGCGCCAAUGCGAAGCAACCCGCGGCGACGUGGCCAGAUAUCUUUGUGGGCUAUCCAAGCGUGACCCCAGCCGCCCUGGUAGCAGCAGCCACCAGCAUCACCACCCCUUCCUCCGCCAGCCCCCCAAACAUCACCCGCACCUUCAGCAACCUCUCCGCGCCUCUCAGCCUGGACGCCCUGUCGACCGAGGGUAAGGCCGCCUUGAGGGGCGUGCUGCUGCUGCACCUCACAGGAGCUUAUUACCUGGAGAGCCAGCUGGAAGCCAUGGCGUUUCCCAACGGCAGUGACCCGGCCCCACAGCACGGGCACAUAUACGCGGUGGGCACGAAUCAAACCAUUCAGAUCCACAUAGAGUCGGACAAGUCGCUCGUGUUCCGCGUGCCGGCCAACGCCAACACGCCUGUGCGGGACAGCCCCUACACCGCCUACUCUGUCACUGCCGCUGCCACUGUGCUGCCCGCCCUCAAGGAUGCCAUUGCUGAUGGGCGGCUGGCCGUGCAAGGCGCUGAUCAUGUGCUGGUUCCGCCCACCGGGCCUGCCAACGCGGGAGGAAAAGUUUUCAAUGUGAAUUCGCUUCUCGCCUCCUCGCUUCUCGGCGAGUCGUUGCUAGCGUCUCCAUCAUCAACAUUCCCAUCCUCCUCCUCUUCUCCGUCUCGACGUCCCCUCGCCUCGCGUAUUGUCGCUUCCGCUAGACCGCUUACGCCUUCCGUCAACCAACCCGCGUCGUCCUUCUCACGAUCGACCGUCAGCAGCAAAAUCCAACGAUGCUCGCACGUCGUACAAGGCAUCCGCGCCGUUGAGAGCUUCGACACAAGCUUUGAGUUGGACCCUCAGGCCAAGGAGGUGCUCGUCUAUCUGCUCUCGUCCGAUGUCUUCCUGCAGCAGGUGGCGACCCAGCCUGGCGUGCCAGCUGGCAUCACGGGGACGGAGUUCACUGGCGAGCUCUUCACGCCUGUGCCGUGGAGCCCCACCACGCGCUUCGGCAUGCCUCAGGAGCUGGAGAAGUACAAUGACGACAAGGAUAACUACAUCAUCAUCAACGUGCCGCCCAACUUCAUGUUCAAAGCACAGAUUUUCAAGCCUUCACGUCUGUGUGCGAUCUUCAAGGUUUUGAGAGACCAACCAGCGGGCCAGGAGGAGGGUACACAAGCAUCGUCGUAA